AUGACCAAUGGAGAUCUUUUCCCAGAUGAAGACUUAGCGUGCAUAGAAGAAGAAGAAUGCAAAGAUUGCUGGCAGUUGUAUUUUGAUGGCGCAGCCAAUCAAAGGGGAUACGGAGCCAAAAUAUUAUUGAUAACCCUAGAAGAUCUUUACCUCCCUUCUACUUUCCGAUUAGAAUUCCUAUGUACCAACAACAUCAUAGAGUAUGAAGCAUGUGUGAUUGGCCUGGAGGCUGCCAUGGCAUUGGAAAUCAAGAAGUUGAAAGUUUAUAGGGAUUCAUCAAUUGUAAUCUGUCAAACUCAAGGGAAAUGGAAAACGAAAGAUGAAAAGCUGAAAUCCUAUCAAGAAUACUUGGAAGGGAUAGCCAAGAAUUUUGAAGAAAUCACAUUCGAAUAUGUGCCAAGAGUCAACAACAAAUUUAUAGACGCUUUGGUCAUCCUCGCCUCAAUGGUUGAAUGUAGCUCAGAUACCCGAAUCCGACCAUUUCUGGUAGACCAAAGAUGUGAGCUAGCGUAUGAAGAAUCAGUGAAUGUCUUGACAACCGAUGGAAAAAUAUGGUUCGCACCCAUAAUUGACUUCAUCAGAGAAAGGAGGUAUCUUGAACAUUUCACAGUGGGAGAAAAGAAGCAGCUACGAAAGUAUGCCACGCAAUUCAUGCUCCAAGGAGACUUAUUGUACAAAAGAUUUUACAAUGGCAUACAACUACUCUGUGUAAAUGAGGCACAAGCUCAAACGAUAUGA